CCUCAAAGUCUCUCUCUCAUUUGUUUGUUAUUCCGACCAAAUAAAAAUUAUAUAUCAAGAAAUCUACCCACACCCAGCUUUAUCUCUAGUCUUCUUCGUUGAAUUUGCUUUUCUAGGGUUAGAGGGCUCUUGAUCGAUCGAACUAAACUAAGGGAUCUAAGAAUGGGUGGAGAAGCAGAUUCGAGUCAGCCUCUGACUGCUGCCACGGUGUCCGUCAACGUCAGGUGCUCGAACGGAUCCAAGUUUAGCGUGAGAACGAGUCUCGAUUCCACCGUGGGGGCCUUCAAAGAGUUGGUCGCGCAGCACAGCGAAGUCCCAGCGAAUCAGCAGCGCUUGAUUUACAAAGGCCGCAUCCUCAAGGACGACCAGUCUCUUCUCAGCUACGGUUUGGAGGCUGAUCACACCGUUCACAUGGUUCGAGGCUCUGCUCCGUCUUCAUCACCUCCUCCUUCUGCUCCGGUUAACCAACCCACUCCUCCUAGUGUUACUAGAGGUGUUGGUUCAAACGCAGGAGAAGCUUUGUUCCCUGGGCUUGGAUUCAACCCCUUAGGUGGUGGGAAUGCUAUGUCUGGCUUAUUCGGAGCUGGUCUUCCUGAUCUUGAUCAGGCACAGCAGCAGCUAGCUCAAAACCCUAACAUGAUUAGAGACAUGAUGAACACACCAGCCAUUCAGAAUCUUAUGAACAACCCUGAGUUUAUGAGGAGUAUGAUUAUGAGCAACCCUCAAAUGCGUGACCUUGUGGACCGCAACCCUGAGCUUGGCCACGUGCUUAAUGAUCCUAGCAUCCUCAGGCAGACUAUGGAAGCUGCGAGGAACCCGGAGCUGAUGCGUGAGAUGAUGCGGAAUACUGAUAGGGCCAUGAGUAAUAUUGAGUCUAUGCCUGAGGGGUUUAACCAUCUUAGGCGCAUGUAUGAAAAUGUCCAGGAGCCGCUCAUGAAUGCUACUACUAUGUCCGGGAACGCGGGGAACAAUGCUGCUUCGAAUCCUUUUGCUGCUCUCCUUGGAAACCAGGGGGUUACUACGCAGGGUAGCGAUGCUUCUAAUAAUUCUACUACACCGAGUGCUGAGACGGGGACAGGGAAUGGUAUUCCUAAUGCUAAUCCACUUCCUAAUCCUUGGGGUGCUACUGCUGGCCAGACAAACGCCCCAGGAAGGACAAACUCUGGUGGGGAUACGAGAAGCCCUGGACUUGGUGGUCUUGGUGGCUUUGGAGGCCUUGGUGGUCUUGGGGGACUUGGUGGACUGGGUAUGCUUGGAGCGGAUUCACCUCUUGGAGCCACUCCGGAUGCUUCUCAGUUGAGCCAGAUAUUGCAAAAUCCAGCCAUGUCCCAGAUGAUGCAAAGCUUACUCUCGAAUCCACAAUACAUGAACCAGCUUAUGAAUCUAAACCCACAACUCCGAACCAUGCUUGAUUCGAAUCCUCAGUUGAGGGAAAUGAUGCAGAACCCAGAUUUCCUUCGUCAGUUUAGCUCCCCGGAGAUGAUGCAGCAAAUGAUGACUCUACAGCAAUCACUUUUCCCUCAGAAUAGGAAUACUACCAGCCAGGAACCGGGACAAACUGGUGCUGCUGCCGCAGGGACAGGCAACAACGCAGGGCUGGAUUUAUUGAUGAAUAUGUUUGGCAGUCUUGGUGCUGGCGGCCUGAGUGGCACGAACCAGUCCAAUGUUCCUCCAGAGGAACGCUUUGCGACUCAGUUGCAACAGCUGCAAGAAAUGGGAUUCUAUGACAGAGCAGAGAACAUAAGGGCUUUGCUUGCGACCAAUGGAAACGUUAACGCUGCUGUAGAACGACUCUUGGGAAGUAUUGGCCAGUAGCAGCAGCAGGAUCGUGAAACUUGUGGAUAAAAAAGCCGCACGAUAGGUAUUUGUGGUCAUCUUCUUUCUCUUUACCCGUCAUCCCCCAAAACAUUUGUUUUAUAUAUUUUGUUUCAUCUUUCAGAUUUUAUUUGAGUUGUUACAACUUACAUAUGUAAGAGCUGGUUUGGGAACUUGGAAUUGCUACUACAUUAACGUUAUCCUUAAUUUUACGUUGUGAUUUGUUGUUCAUCGUCAA